AUGGGGAGGAGAGCCACUAAGGAUGUGUCACUGAUGGAGUCUGAAGAAGCCAAUGAGGGAGGUACUACUCCCCUAGAAGCCAGCAGCACCACUGAGGAGGCCUGGGAUUCCAUGGUAGCCAGAAAAGAACAUCAUGGUCCUCACACAGCAAUCCAGAUGAAUACCAGCCCAUCCGACUCUGCAAAGGGAGCAGAGUACAACACUCCCCAGGUCUGCCUUUCUACUCCAGGGGAAGCAACAAAGAUGCUGGGCAGACCCUCUAACUCUGUGCAAAAAGUGUCAGCAGGACUGCAACUGGAGCAAAGUGAUGUAGGGCCUCAAAGAGGACUCUCAGAAUGUGAAGGAGAAAUACUUUUACAGGAGGAUGGACUGGAUUACUCUCUGAAACUUGACCAAGUCGAGCUUGCUGACCUGGAAAGCAACCAGGACUCUUCUCCCAGCACAGUCCAGGACAGCAACGUCAUUUUGCAGGCUGUGGAACUUGGCAGUGAAUGUCUUCAGUGCUGUACAGAACACAUGGCUUUUCAGAGCUCAGAUGCUCAGGCCCAGUUUCCAAAAUCUCCUUUAGAUGAUGCUAUUUCCACUCAGAGAGAACCAGCUAAGUGUUUUGUGGUGUGUAAAACAAUUUCAGAGGGCCACUAUAUGGCUGAGCCUUUUCUGGAUAAGAUCUUGACAGAGUCUUUGCAGGAGAUUGAAACUACUGGUGAGCAACAAAGCAGCACAAAAGUGAUACUAGCAACUGAUGAGCAGCCUACAUCAAAGGUAGUAGAAGAAGACAUGGCUAAGCCUAACACUUCUGAAGAUGCUAAGGAAAGCACAAGAGCACUCCAGGGUCAGGCAGGGAAUACAGAGUCUUCCUCUUCCCAUGAUGUGUCUUCCUCCUUAACAGAUGUCAGCCAGAUAAGUUCACUACAUGCAGAAGGAAACAUCUCAGUUGGUGAGAGAAGGAACAGCAGUGUGGUCAAGGACCAGGGAAUAGUGAUGGUUCCUAAGCAAAACUCACCUAUUUCUGAAAGCCCUCAUCUUGAAGAUGACGACCACAGAAAAAUAGGGGGCAGACCUGCCUUUCCAAUAGAGUGUGCUAUCCAAACAAAGGAUGCUGCUAAAAAAAUGGAAGAAGUGAAUGAUUCACAGCAUGAGCAACCAGAACAAAAGGAACCAGAACAGGAGGAGGCAGAGGAAGAGGAGGAGAAGAAAGAGCUCAAAGAGCAGAAUCUGCAGGAAAAACAGAAACUAGAGCUGGAGCCCAAAGAUCAGAAAAACAAGGAAUGGAAAGAGUUGGAACAAGAACCGCAGAGGGAAGCACUUGAACUGGGGGCUCUGUCAUCAGCCUUCAGUUCAGAGAUAUCUUCUAUUCCAAGGUACAAAUGGGACUCCUGUGAUUUGGAGAAUGUUUCUUUAGCUGAGCAAAAAAACCCAGCAUUUCUUCCUGGGGAAUCCGUCUCUGUGAGUCAGCAGCCUGGUGAAGAUGUGCUGCUGAAAGCCUAUGUCACAGCAGCAGAUUCUGGAUGUCGACCAGCUGUUAUCAGUCCUCUGUCAUCAAAUAGACUGAACUCAGUGGGUGAAACUCCCAUGGUGCCCCCACACACAUGCCAUACCUCUGACCAGGCAGAAGACUUGGAAGACUCUGGCCACUUUUCCAUCAGUGGUCAGGAUAGUGCAGAAGCUGACUGGGAUUACAAAACAAGACUGAGCAACGAGGAUGAGCACAGUGACGGACACAGAAAGACAGUCCAGAAGUUUGAUAAAAGAGAUGCUUCACUCUGCAAAGGAAUGGCAGUAUCCUUUAAUGCAGGAAACUCAGGGGCUUCUCUUCCGGCAUACUCUUCCUGUGGUACCAUGCACUUGGAGUCACCUGGUCCCAUAGAUGCUCAUCCCAUUACAGCAAAUUCAGGAAAAGCUGUGCUUCGUGACUUCAUUAUACCCUCAGAGUUCACCUCAGUAGCUUCAGCGUCUGGCCCACAUCAAGAGGAUGGUGAUGGAACAUCCUCAGUGAGCCGUGAGGACUGUCUGGGUGCCGACUUGGACAAACUGCUAGAUUCUACAGAGAAGCUAGCCAACCAAGCUGUUUCUUUGUGCGUGCAGGACCCAGCAUCAGGGGAAACUGGUAUUUUAACUACUCAUCCGGGGGAGGCUUACAUUUCCCAUGAACUGCUUACCUCUGAAGAAGGCUUUCAUGAAGAGCUUACUGGCCUAUCUUCUUUCUCUGUAGAAUACAUGAGCUCUCCUCCUCAGGAGGAGAGCCAUCCUGGAGAUAUCGGGAGAGUGACUUUUGUUGCAGGGCCUCUAGAAUCACCGCAAACACCGGACAGGAUUUCCACUCCCCUGCGCUACCCAGAAACACCUCAGCAGUACCUGAAACCCCUAGAAAAGUUUGCCAUUAUCCAAGGAAGUGAAACGAAAGAAAAUGUUGCUCGUGAGGCACAACAGAUGCCUUUACUUGAUCAGUGUGACUGGAAUUUAAACCAAGAAGAAUCUGGAUCCACAAUCUCCAGUGUCCUGAGCACCCUAACUUGGCCCUGUGAAGAAGCUAUGGUACUUGUUGUGAACCAGCAAGGAGCAGCUCUCUCUCCUACACCUGAAUCAAGCCUACCUCUGGUAUCUGAGCCUGAUGUCAAACAGCUUCCACGUCCUCUAUCUGAUGUCAAAAGGCCCAGCCAGAUUUUGGCCUCUGCACUUAAUGCAAACCACCUUCCCCAGACUCCAGACCUUGACAGUGACCAGCCACUAGGUCUUGUACCCUACUCCAGUCCACAUCUAAACUAUGCUAUAGACAAUAAUGACUUACUAGCUAUUCCUCCUUCUAUGAGCCACCCCCUCCAGACUGUCACCGCUGUAUCUGAUUCUAACUCUGUGGCCUCUGCUCCCAAUGCAGAAGUAGCAGAGAAAUAUGUUCUUGUUCCAGCAACUAAAGAGUGGGAUCUCUGUGACUCAGAUACCCAGAAUACAGAGAUUUCUGAUGAUUCAGGGGUCAGUCUCUUGGCCAAAAACUUUUCUGCCAUUGGAAAUGAGCCAUUGGCCAGCUGCUCUGAUACCAGUCCUGAAACAUCAGAUCAGUACAUGGAUAUACAAUGUGGAAAAUCCUCACCUGACUACACCUCUUGGUCCUUGCUGGAAGGCUUGAGAAUGUCCAGGGAUGCCAAAAAUAGAGACUCUGUACAGCCACUUCGGAUGCUAGCAUUCACCAAUCCAAUUCACUUCCUCCAGCUCAGCCCUCCAUCACCACCAACUACUAGAGCACCCUGCAAAGAAGAGGUUGCAGGAGAGGUGCAGUGGGAGCAACAGGCAGACACCUUUAGCAUGGACACAAAGAGCAUCUCAGCUCUGGCAAUGAUUACAGUGAAAACAGAAGCUGAGAGGAGGGUCAAGCAAGGGCUGGAAAGACCAGAAGAACACCAUUCAGUAGCUCAGCCAAAGGAGGGAGUGACCAGACAUUCACCCUUGGAAAAAUCAUCAAGCUGGCCAGAUAAAAAAAUGAUCAGGAUGGUUGCACAGGAGCCAGGAGCCAGUCAAGAAAACCCGAUUAAACACAGAGUAAAAAGCAAGGACUGGCACCGGCAGGGCCUGAAAAGGAUAUCAAUACCAUCAGAUACCUUGCAGGAAAUCUCUCCUGCCCCUUCAGAGGAAGAAGCACUGAAGGCACACAAGGAGCCAUCAGUCAGUUCAGAAACAGUUACAAUGCGAGAGAAGAAACCUGCAGAUGCAAAGGAGAAUUUCAAACGCCGGCACUCCAAACUGAUCAACUCCUCAAGGUUGCUGUAUCAGGAGUACAGUGAUGUGGUUCUGAACAAGGCCAUUCAGAACCAGAAGAGAGUGGAUUCUUUCUCAGAGGAUAUAGAGUCAAGUUUCCCAAGCUCCCCAAGGCUACGGAGAAAAGUGCUCUCUCCUCAGGACUCAUAUUUGCAACGUCUGUCAGUCUCAUCUAAUGCAUCCCUCUGGCAGGACAUCCCCAUGAUACGAGGCAGCAGAAUGCUACUCAACAUGUCUCGUGAUGAGCAGAAGCUGCAAGAGGCCAAGUUUGAGUUGAUAAUGUCUGAGGCUUCAUACCUCCGCAGUUUAAAUGUGGCAGUGGAUCACUUCCAGCGAUCAUCAGAGCUCCAAGCAGUGCUCUCUAAUCAGGAGCGUCAGUGGCUUUUCUCCCGUCUUCAGGAUGUACGUGAUGUCAGUGCCAGUUUCCUCUUUGACUUGGAGGAAAGAUUUGAGGAGGACAUGUUCACCUUCCAUGUGUGCGAUGUGGCUCUGAAACACGCCUCUGAGUUCCGGAGGGUGUAUCUACCAUAUGUAACAAACCAGACGUACCAGGAGCAAACCUUCCAGCGGUUACUAAAUGGAAAUGCAGGGUUCCAGCAAGUCCUAGAGAGACUGGAAAGUGAUCCAGUAUGCCAGCGCCUCUCACUUAAAUCCUUCCUCAUUCUCCCUUUCCAACGCAUCACUCGACUCAAACUCCUCCUACAGAAUAUUCUGAAGAGAACCCGGCCUGGAUCUGAGGAGGAAGUGCAAGCAACACAAGCUUACGAUGCACUUGAAAAGCUCAUCAAGGAUUGCAAUGAAAAUGUCCAGCGCAUGAAGAGCACUGAAGAGCUGAUCUACCUCAGCCAGAAGAUUGAAUUUGAGUGCAAGAUAUUCCCACUCAUCUCACAGUCAAGGCGCCUUGUGAAGUGCGGUGAAUUGACAGCACUGGACUUCAACACCUUGAGUCCAAAAUGGAAAGUCACCACCCGCCCCAUCUACCUACAUCUCUUCAAUGACUGCCUGCUCUUGUCCCGGCCAAAAGAGGGUGGACGUUUUGUUGUGUUUGACCAUGCUGCUUUCUCAGAUGUGCGUGGGGAGAAGUGUGAGAUGAAACUGCAUGGAACAAACAAAAAUGUAUUCCGUCUCUUUCUACUUCAGAAUUACCAGGGCAAGAGAGUGGAGUUUCUAUUCCGCACAGAAACACAAAGUGAGAAGCUGCGGUGGAUCUCUGCUUUGGCUCCUCCUCGAGGGGAACUGGACCUCCUGGAAUGUCCUGAUGCACCACAAGUUCAAUGCAUAAGGACAUACAAGGCUCGAGAAAAUGAUGAGCUGGCUUUGGAGAAAGCAGAUAUUAUCAUGGUUAUGCAGAGCAGCACUGAUGGAUGGAUGGAAGGAGUGAAACUUUCAGACAGGGACAGAGGCUGGUUCCCCUCAGAACAUGUAGAAUUGAUCUCUAGCAAACAUGCACGGCAGAAGAACCUCAAGGAGGAAGAACGCGUGAAGAAUGCUAAACAGCAGGUCUUCUGCAAUAAAUAAGAUUCUACUUUGUCUGAAUCUGUACAGUCUCCCUGCCAUGGAGAAACCACCGUUUUCUACUGUGCCUAGGAAGAAACACCUCUGCAAAUAGCAUAAUACAGCACUUGACAGAGCCAGGCGCUUUUGCCAAAGA